GUCUUGUCAAUAUGGCGGCUAUUGCACAAAUUUCAAGUCUUCAAGAAUGGGAAGAAGAAUGGCAGCACUUGGAAGAGGAGACGCGAACGUUCAAGGUUUAUUCUAUGUUCUUUUUUUAUCUAAGUUGACAUCUUGGUUAGCGUGAUGCCAUGAUAGCGGCGCCCGCGAGAGCACUUAAUGAUCAAUGAAAUAACUCGUGCAUAAGUGAUUUUUUUUAUUUCAUGAGCAAACCCGUGUUUACUAAUUAUCUUAAUUUGCCUCUUAAUGCUUGGAAAUUUUUACCAGUUUCGAUGUCGAGUGAUUACUCGCGAAAAAGACUUCUCUAGAAAACCUAAUGCAAUAAUAAAUGAUUGAUCACAUUUUGGUUAUCGAUCUUCCAGCUUUUCAUUCAACACCAAAUGACUUAAAUUUCAGCCUCUUUCCAUUUUUAUCGCAUGAUUUCCUCGACAGUAACGAUGACCCUUCCUAGAAAACAGCUAGUAAUUCCAAUAUAGAUCGAAAGAAAUCUUAGCUAUUAAUUGACAGCUUGUUCGAUCUGAAAAUAUUUGUUUUUCAUAAUGAAAGUGACAACGAAUGAGACAAGGCACGUAACAUAAUUUUUCCAGGAAGAACAUUACUUUGUUUCAAACGUCCGUUUAAAACAAAAACAAUUUUUCUCGGUGAUCUUUAGCAAACGAAGUUCCAAGACUAUCAGCAGAAAUUGGACGAGUUUCAUUCGAGUCAGAAAUCCUGUGCGUCUGCCGUUAAUCAGCAAAAACGGAAACUGAGGGAUUUUCAGGAGUCUCUGCAGCGGUAAGCCUUUUCUGUUUUGAUAGCGAUUAAAGUUAACGCUUUGAUUCCUUAGAGUGACAAGCAUUUAAUUUCUCCAAACAAUAUCACCUCUGAAUCACACAUUAAGGUCCUGAGAAUAACGGAACUAAUCACCAACUAAAUAAGCUCUUGAUUGUUAAACAAAUUCUCCUUAUCAGCACCUAAGGAAAUUUAUAGAGAACAGUAUGGAGAAUAUGCAUACUCAGCAUGCUGAUGCUAGGUUAUAAAGGGUUGAUCCAUGUAAUCCUUAACAUUGAUGCACCUUUGCAACUCAUUGUACGUUCUUCCUUCCACUUGAAUGUGCUUUUCUUUAUAACUGAAAAUGACUCUAUUAAAGAUUAUGAGAUACUCAUAGUUUCAUUUAAGUUGAGCUCAAAUGGAGAUUGAUCAUUUUCCAGACUGCAUGUUUUAAUAAAUAUUUCACAAUGUAAAUUAUAAAUAUUUUCAACAACUGGAAAAUAUAUAUGAUCAAGGUAUUAGAACUUUACUUUAUAACCAUUGCCUUUUUGAUUGCUUGUAGGUUUAAAGAUGGACCCCUCUCUGGUGAUCAAAAAGCUCAUUUUGUGAAACUCCAGACAAAAAUCUCAGACCUUGAAAGAAAAAUAAAAGAUUUUGAGUUAAGCCUUCCUUCUCAAGCAGGGUAAUUAUUUUUAUUUAUUCAAUCAUUUAUGGCAGCCAGAUGGUUUAUCAUUGGAAAAGAAAAGUGAUUCAGCAUAUUUUAUUGAUGGCUGAAAAACUGUAAACUUAUUAAUUAAACAUAUUUUAAACAUAUUAAUUUUAUUCAGUUCCCAACUGCUAAUAAUUACCAACUUCAUAUAAGGCCCAACCUGUUGGUAGGAAAUGUUUCUCAAUGCCCAGCCUCAAAUAAGUGCUCACUCCCUCUUCCAUCUCCAAACCUCCCCCUCACCCCCUCCCCCCCAAAAAAAAUACUGUGAGGAUGGGGUGGGGAAGGGUUUGGCUUCAAGACAGUAGUUCACAAUAACCUGAUCAGGGUUUCCAUAUAGAACUUUUCAACAGGAGCCCAGCCAACUAAACUACAGCUUAACUGGGUUCCUAUUAUAAAUUGCCUGUAAUCUGUAUAUUCUCAUUUUUAACAAUGAAUGUCAUUGCUUUAUUCUUGGACAUCCUUUUCCUCUCCACAGGUUAUUCCUAAAGCUAUGUCUGGGAAACAUCAAUGUCUCACUUUACAAUUCAAAGUGAGUUAUUUUUCUAUGAGUAUAAUGUUGAGCUCUAAGGACAGUUUUCAAUACAAUUUACUUUCCAUGAUAACUCUUUUGGAGUAUAUGAUAGCAAAUAAUUUUUGUUUUCUUUUUAGGAUGGCAUACAAAGAUGACUACGAGAAGUUUAAAUUAAAGAUGACAGUGAUAAGCAUGGUUUUUACCAUAUUAAACUUGUACAUCUUUAACUACAGGUAUACAAAUGGCUAUAACCAUUAUAAAUCAAAACACAUCCUUUGUUUCAGUGCCAGUAGCUACAAAUGAGAAUCACUCUUGCUUUUCUAUGCUUAAAGUUCACUGUUACAUAUAUUUGAAUGUGUAUAGUUCUAUAUUAAUUUCCAGCUUCAGAGUGUUUUAGGGGAUCUGAUGUUAAAUACUUUGGAAAAAAUUUGUUUGAGUUCUCACAUAAUAAAUGUCAAGUAACAGUAUAUUUUAUUUUGGGAUAUCAAGCCUUAAGUACGACUAUUUGAGUACUUGCAUGUAGGAUGAUAAAACUAGAUGGAAGAGGGAAUCCACUGGUCAGAGUACUUUUUUCCAUUACUAUCACGGUAUGGCUGCCAUCUCUGGGAUCACCCUUAAAAAAAAACUUGAACACUCUCGUUCAAUUCCUAGUCACAUUUGUUUCCUUUGCACCUGAACACUGAUAAGCCAACUUGAAUGAUCAAUUAAAUCAGAUUUGGUUUCCCAUAAUGUUACUGGUUUACUUUGUAAAGGUAACCCUGUCAAGAGUAGAAGCAGUCAAAUAUGCACAUACUUUCCCAUUAUAGAAAGGUCAAGUCUGCACAGGAACUGGCACCAUCUUAAGUGUUCAUGAUUUCUUUUCACUGAAAAAAUGAUCAUGAGUACUGUUCUAGAUCUCUUUGCUAGAGGGGGGUUUAAAUUGUUGACCCCCUCCCCUGAAAAUUUUUGCCAAUUUUAUCUUCAAAGUGUGCAUGGUCCAUUCAUUUGGACACAUAUCGUGAUUGUGUACCAUGAGUCUUAGUAUGAAAGGAAACACAAGGCCUAAAAUAAAUUUCUCUGAUCUGAAAUCCUGCAGUAGAUUCAUAAGUGCCUAAACCAAAGUACUUUAGAAGAUUAAAUGAAUAUUAAUAUUAUAAGUGAUAUUACCGUAAUAUGAUUGUUGUAGGAUAGCAGAUGCCUUGUUCCAUGCAAUGUUAUUGUGGUAUUAUAGUACACUAACCCUUCAAGAACACAUUCUUAUGGCUAAUGGCUCACGGUAUGAACCAAACUAAGUUGUUUAUAAGUACUUAGUUUGUCUUUUUUUUUUAUUAAUUCAUUAAAUUUGUCACACCUCUCUAUUGUUGAUUUUUUUCACUGACAUUGUGAGUAUCAAAUAAUUUGAAAAAAUGACUUCAAAGGAAUAAAUUAACCCUUUAACCCCUUUUGUAUCUAAUUUCUCCUUACAAUAUCAACCCUGAUUCAAACAUUAAGGUCAUGAGAAUAAAGGAAAUGAUAACUAACUGAAGAAGCUCUUGACUGUUAAACAAAUUCUCCUUACCAGCACACUAGGAAAUGUAUAGAGAACAGUAGGGAGUAUAUGCAUACUGAUGUUAGGGUGGAAAGGGUUUUAAUACAUUUAUUUUUCUUUACACAGGAUAAAAGGUUGGUGGGUUAUGCAUCAUUAUCUGUCCAUCAUUUUAUCUGGGUUUCUUCUUAUAUGGUGAGUCAUUUCACUUUUUCCAUUCAAAGUAAUUUAUUACACUAAAACAAACAAAGAUGGUUAUUUAAAUUUUGAGUUCAAUGAUCUAUAUCAACAAAUUUUUUUUUUCUAUUCAGGCCAGAUGGAAGGGUUUACCAACUUUUUAGGGGACAGUUUUUCUACUUUUCUUUAUAUCUUAGUAAGUAUUACAUUGUAAAUUUUUCAUUCUGUUAAACAACUACACAGAGUCUCAUAAUUUGAGAAAGGUACUACAGAAAAAUCAUAUCCCCAGUCUCCCUCCCUCUGCUAUUUUACCCUUAUCAUCUUCUAUUUUUUUCAUUUUAAACAAACAAGUAGAACACUCAUCAUUUUAUCAUUGUGUUUCAGGUUUCGUUCAACUUCUACAGUUCAGAUAUCAGUCAAGAGCUCUGUACCGAUUAAGAUCACUGGGUGUCAGCAAAAACAUGGAUGUCACUCGAGGUUUGUGUCAAUUUGGAUCCCUAACCUUUCUGAUUGGCUGUCUAUCACAUUUAAAAUUUAACUUCCAGAAGUGAUAAACAUGUAACUUCUCCCCAUCAUAUCCAUACAUUAUCCUGCAAACAGGUAAUGAGAAUACUCAAACUUAUCAGAUAGUAGUUGUUACAAAGUAAGUGUAGUGUAUUCAGGUCAACUGGUUGCAUCAGCUUACCGAUUAUUGACUGAGAAACAAAUUGUUUUGCAGAGGGUUUCCAUUCAUGGAUGUGGAGGGGACUAGGAUUCAUUAUUCCUUUUCUUAUUGUUGGCUAUGUGAGUAGGAUAUUUCAAUAGAAUUUAUGCAGCAAAUGAUUUGUAUUUUAAUGCAAAUUAGCAAAUGUGUGUUAUUCUAAAUAAAUGACUGUAAAUUUAUGAAAAUCAUUUAUGUGAACUGAGAUUGAAGAAACGAAUAUGGAAGCAAUCGUCACAGUUAUGAGCACUACUUUAGUAGUAGUGAAAGUAAGGCUUGAAAAAAAUGCAGUGAACUGUGAUUGAAGAAACAUAUAUGAUUUUCAUAUAUUUACAGUCAUUUUUUCACCACUUUGAGGGUUUAUUUGGAACCAACAUAAUGACCAACUCCCAGUUGGCUUGUUGGCUCAGUUGGUAGAGUGCUGCACCAGUAUUGCAUUGGUCCUGGAUCCAAAUCUUGUACAGGCCUGAAUUUUUUUCAGGUCUUAUUUUCACUACCACUGAAGUAGUGUUCACAACUGCAAGGAUGGCUUCCAUCUAUGUGUUAAGUGUUCUAUUCUCGGAAGAUUUAUUUUGCUAGUGUACAAUAUUAACAAACAGAUUCCAUGUUGUUGUGUAUCUGUUCAGAAAUUGAUCAAAGAUGACAUCAUACACACAUACAGCACAGCUGAGUGUGUCACUAAAUUUGAUGUCUUCCGUGAUCUAUUACUGGACACACCCAUAGCAACAAUGAAUCCAUUUGUUUCCUGUAAUAAAGAGCAAAAAACUGGUAAUGCUGAUGUCGUCUGUCCUCUGAUAGAGCAUAAGAACUAAUCAAAAUGUAUGUGGAAUUCAGCUUAUUACACAUGAUUUUAUUUCCACAGUUAUUCCAGUUGUUCAAUGCUUACACACUCUACCGACUGUCUUUCCACCCUUACUGCAGCGAGUGGCAGGUAAGGUUCCUGUGCCAAUUUGUUGGAAGAUUAAUCACUAGUUUAGGGCAAAAUAAUACAUAGAUACAUUUCUAUUUAUGCACCAGCAAAUUUUUCAAGUUCAAAGGAGCUAUUUCAUGGUCUAUGUAUGCUUAUCUCCUCAUACAAAACUACCUUUGCUUCUUUUCUAGUGCUCUUACAUGUAAGAAAGCUAAAGGAAUUCCUUCUACAAAUUAGAAUAAACAGGACUAUUAGAAAAGUACAAAAUACACUUUUUUAUCAUCUCAUGUCAUAACAGAAAACCCUCCUGAGGCUCAUGAAGUGCAAGAAAAUUAAAAUUAAAAGAUUUAGGCAUAGCCUUGUUGAUAGUAUUGCAUUACCAUUUUGCUUGUAUAAAUGUUAAUUGACAUUAAUAUAUUUUCAGGUUCUUGGCCUCAGUGUGGUAUUUUUUACCUUGUUUGCUGGAAACAUGACAACCCUCCUGUUUGUUGUGAGGCAGAAAUUUAUCAAGGCAGUUUCAGUUCCACAAUUACCUUGUAGUUAAAUACCUCCCCCCAACGUAAUUUAAUAGAGGUGCCAAGGAGGCCUCUCUACAGCUUAAGAUUCAAGUCUUGUUGCUAAAACUGCAAAUGCAACAAGAAGUGUGACCUUGAUGUAACAUCAAAGGGGGCUCACCAUAAAUUAAAAUUGACUAAUCAGACAGGUUAAUUUGGGUCUAGAGUAGACCUUUUUAAGAGGAGCUUCUUGGAGACUUUUUAUCAGUCAUAAACUUUCUAGACAAUGCAGUGAUUCUCUCAUAUGAACAGAAAUCUUGUUACUAGUAACCUUUAAUUUAUCUACUUUGUGACUCAUGUCACAUAAGACCUUCACAGAUCGUCUCCAGCUCUUGCUGUCCACAACUCACUGCAGAAUAUUCAUUACUUUUCUCUCUUUCAAUGCCUUGCCUUGCGUUAGGUUUUGGUCUCCUCCUUUUUCUCUUUCCUUUCAGUGCUCAUGCAAUAUUGCAACAUAGUGCAAUGUUGCAGUGAGUUUAUAGAUCGUCAUUAUGUGCUUAAUCAACUCCAUCUUUAUCUAUCACUUCAUUAAGCAGCCCCAUUUCCAUUCUUUUCAGAAAAUCCUCCUUUAUCAUAAUCACUACAAUUUUAGUAGAAAGAGAAUUGUAUUUAUUUUUAGACUGACUUGGCCGGCCAGUUUUGACCUAUGUUAAGCAUCUUAUGUUGGGGUUAAGAAAUUGUAUGCGGGUUAUGACAUGUUCUGUUCAAUGUAAGGAAGGGCAGCCAAGAAUGAACAAUCAAAAUAUUUUAUACACAGAUGUUUUGGUUUUAGGAGGCCCAAUGCUUUUGAUUUGUUAGAGAUUGGGCAACCAAUGCAAAGAUUAUGAAUUUACUAAGAACCUGCAAAUGGCAUUAAGUUAUUUGAAGUACCUUUUAGCCAAGUUUCCUUAUUAUUAUUUUUAUUACCGAUAUUGUGACUUUUUAUCAUUAACAGACACUGUAACUUGGUUUUACAAAAAUUUAUGAUUAUUGUUUGGUGAAAGAGAUCAGCAUUCAACUUUUACAGUUUAUAUUAUCAUGAUAAAUUAAUGUAAAAUAGUUAUAUCUUAUAAUGUACAUGUUUCAGUAUAGAGAGGAUAGAAAAAGUGAUGAUUUUUGUGUUAAUUUUAGAAUUUGUAUAGCUUUGGAAUUCUUUUAAAUCAAUUAAAAAUUUUUUCCUGUCAUGACAAAAAUCACAAAAGCAAUUUAUUCUACUAGAGAUAAGCACCUUUCUACAGUGUCAGCUGUGUG